AUGGCGGAUGCAAUCACGUCACUUGUCGAUGCGGUGCAAAUUUUUGCUACGAGUGCGGAGCAGUCUGGCAUACUUGCAACUGCGUGGCUGCAGAAUAUGAUGACGAACAAGAUGGCGAGGAAGGCGAGCCGGACGAUGACGAAGACUUAG